UUUUUUCUGUUUUUUUUUUUUUUUUUACCUUUUCAAUCUCUUCUCUUGUUACGGGUCAGUUCAGAUUUCCAACAUCAUUUUGUGUUAGUUUGGGUAGGUAGUGUGUCUCUAGAAAUUUGUCUAUUUCUUCUAGGUUUUCAAAUUUGUUGGAGUAUAGUUUUUCAUAAAACUCUCUUAUGAUCCUUUUAUUUCAGUUGGGUCUAUUGUAAUAUCCUCCAUUUCAUCUCUUAUUUGGGUUAUUUGCGUCCUCUCCUGUUUUUCUUUUGUCAAUUUGGCCAGUGGUUGAUGCUUUCAAAGAACCCACUUUUGGUUUUGCUGGUUCUUUCUAUUGUUUUUCUAGUCUCUAUUUCGUUUAUUUCUGUUCUGUUCUUUAUAAUUUCCUUUCUUCUGGUGGCAUUGGACUUCUUUUGCUAUUCUCUAUUUGUUGAAGUUGUAUAGCUAAUGUUUUGAUUUUGUCCCUUUCUUCUUUUUGGAUGUGUGCAUCUAUCGCUAUAAAUUGACCUCCAAAGACUGCCUUUACUGUGUCCCAAAGGUUUUGGUAUGAUGUGUUUUCAUUCUCACUUAACUCUAGGAAUUUUUUGAUUCCAUCUCUGAUUUCUUCUCUUAUCCAGUGGUUUUUAAGCAGGGUGUUAUUCAGUUUCCAUGUAAUUGAUUUUUUUCCUUACUCUUCCUGUUAUUAAUUUCUGCUUUGAUGGCGUUGUGGUCAGAGAAGAUGCUUUGUAUUAUCUCAAUGUUUUGGAUUUUCUUGAGGGUUGCUCCAUUGCCUAAGAUAUGGUCUAUUCUGGAGUAUGUUCCAUGUGCAUUGAAAAAGAAUGUGUACUUUGCAGCUGUUGAGUGGGGUGUUCUAUAUACGUCUAUGAGGUCAAGUUGGCUGAGUGUGUUGUUUAGCUCCUCUGUAUCUUUGUUGAGUUUCUUCUAGAUGUUCUGUCCUUUAGCAAGAGUGGUGUGUUGAAGUCUUUACUAUUAUUGUGGAGCUGUCAAUUUCUCUUUUAAGUGUAAAGUUAUCUUUUAAGGACAAUUUAACAAAGUAAUAGUAAGGUUAAAGAAUAGCAUGCAAACUGAUAGUGAUGAUGGUUUCACAACAUAGGGAAUGUGAUUAACCCCACUGAGGCGUACAGGUAAAAAUGGUUGAAAUGACAAGUGUUUUGUUAUCUAUGUUCGAACCGAACAUGUAACAAAAAAGAAACAAUGUACAUAUAUGGGCAUUCUCAAUCCCCCAGCAUCUGUUCCCUUGGCAUUUCCUUAUAUCUACUCAGAUAACGAACAGGCAAAUUCAAGCUAUGCAAAUGGAGGUCAGUGUCACUGAGAUGGAGUGAUUUGCAUAGGAGGAGCUCAGAGGGAGCGGCUUCACCAGUCCUGUGGUGCAGCAGGGGUGUGGCUGGUAGCUGGACUUUUGCGCAAAUCCAGGGAGAGAGGUUCUGGGUCUGCUGGCUGAGAGGCUGUUCUGCCUGUGGAUGUGUCCUGAGUUCAGGUCAGGAGAAGAUGCCCUCCCUGCCUACACUGUUCUUCAUGGCCAUCUUCUUCCUGGAGUCCUUGGCUGCCAUGCUGCAGAAUGGCUUCAUGGCAGCUGUGCUGGGCUGGGAAUGGGCAAGGGGCCGGGUGCUGCCCAUGGGGGACAUGAUUGUGGCCUGCCUGGCUGCCUCCCGGUUUGGCCUGCAUGGCAUGACCUUCACAAACAACCUCCUGAUCAUCGUCAACUUCAGCUACAAUGCGCACUACUUUGGCAUCCUCUGGGACUUCAGCAACACACUCAAUUUCUGGUUAAAUGCGUUACUCUCUGCCUUCUACUGCGUGAAGAUUGCCUCCUUCUCCCACCCCACCUUCCUCUGGCUCAGGUGGAGGCUUUCCCGCUCUGUGCCCAGGCUGCUGCUGGGUUCCCUGGCCAUCUCCGUCCUGACCAACAUCCCCUCAGUCAUUGGGCAUACCAUUACGUCUCAUAUGGAGGCUUCCCAGCCCCCCAACACCAAUGGCACCUGGACUGAAUGGGUGAGGAUCUUCUAUCGGAACUUUUUCCUGCUCCACGAGAUAUUGGUGCUCUUGGUGCCCUUUCUGUUGUUCCUGGUAUCCACUUCCCUGCUCAUGUUCUCUCUGCACCGGCACCUCCGCCAAAUGAGGUGCAGCCAGCCUGGGCCCCGAGACCCCAGCACCCGAGCGCACACCAUGGUGCUCAAGUCGCUAGGCUUCUUCCUUAUCUUCUACUCAUCCUACUUUCCGUCCCUGAUGGUGGCCUUGACAAACAUCAUGACCCUGCAGCUUCACUGGUACUGGGCCUGGCAGGUGGUGACUUAUACUGGCAUUUUCCUGCACUCCACCAUCCUGCUGCUUAGCAGCCCCAGGCUUAGGAGGGCCCUGAAAAACAGGCUGCAGGGCUGUGAGGCCACACGGUGUGAGGGCCUGAACAGAGGGCAGAUCAGAGGGCAGGUCCCUCCCAAGGGCUCAGAGGAGCCAGUGCAGCAGGGCUGA